AUGGAAUUAUUUUUUUCUGAAUCUGAUAUAAGUGAAUCGGAUAUUAAUCAAAUUAUUCGUCCAAAGCGCCUCAUGUAUGGAUAACAUGAUUUAGGACCAAACGUAAAGAAUAUUAAAGGCACUAUGGUAAUGAGAAAAGAUUUUUAAGUAGUAAAUUCUAGGUAGGAAAAACUUUAGUGCUCUUUGUUCUUCCCAAAAAAUGAGUAGCAAUCUAAUUUAUUAGUAAUUUAUUUGCAUGGAAAUUCCGGUUGCAGGUUAGAAGCUAAUCCAGUAGUUGCUAAUUUGGCCCCUCUUGGAUAUCAUGUUUGCUCAUAUGAUUCUUCUGGGUGCGGUUUAAGUGAAGGAAAAUAUGUUACUUUAGGAAUAAAUGAAAAAGAUGAUUUGCAUGCGAUAAUAAACAAAAUGAAGUAAUAGUUUGGUUACACUCAUUUUAUUCUUUGGGGGCGCAGUAUGGGAGCAGUAACAAGCUUAAUGUAUUGUUUAAGUAUUUAAGAUCAAUAUGUAGUCGCAGGAGGGUAAUUAAAUAAUUUAAAUGGAGUAGUUGGUUUAGUCAUAGAUAGCGCAUUCUCUAAUUUUGCUAAUUUAACUAAGGAAAUAGCUUCAAAGAAAAUAUCUUCUCUUUUAGUUAGUAUAGGCAUUAAGCAUUUAAGAAACAAAUUAAAAAAAGCACUUAAUGGUAUGGAUUUAUUUGAAAUAGAUUUGAGUUAUGAUAUCAAGAAAUUAAAACUACCAGCUAUAUUCGCUUAUUCAGAAAAUGAUACAGUUAUCUUACCAAAACACACUCAUAUUUUAUAUGAUAAUUAUGGAGGCCCAAAACAAAAAGCUUAAUUUUAAGGUGAUCAUAAUUGCAUGAGAGAUUCAAAUUAUUUCAAUUCAAUCAUAAGCUUCAUAAACAAUUAUUUAAAGCACUACAAAUGUUCAGAAAAUCAUUUUCAUAGUAUAGAAAAUUAAGCUGCAUUUAGUUAAACUAAUCCAUCUUUAAGAUUAAACACCCUUAACUCAAGCUUAAAACUUAAUUCAACUGGAUUGUACAACUCUAACUAAUUUUUAAUAAAUAAUACUUUGAAUACACCAUUAAAGAUAGACUUGUAAACUCCAAGAGAGAAUCUAGUUUCUAAUGCUAAAUCUCACACAAUAAGUGAUUUCUACAAAAAAAAAUCUUCUUAAUAAGAAAAAAAUACAAAUUAAAAGCAGUUAUUUUAAUAAUAUGUGAAUCAAUAGAGCUAAAAACCAGACUAAAGGCUAAAUCUUGGGAUACCUAAUAAUUUGGUAUCCCAAUCAGUCGAUUCUUCAAUUUAUUUCCCUAUUACAAAUAAAUCAAAUCAAAAAUAUGUAAUUUAAAAUCCUUAAAAUUUAAAUACUAUUUCAGAUAAUAACGAAAACUACUUUUCAUUAUAAUAAUAACAAUUACAACAACAACAAUAAUAACAACCCUCUUAGAUAAAUGUGAUGAAUCCAUAGGCAAAUCAAGAUUUAAGAUUACUAUAAGUAAAUAAUUACAUUAAUCCGAGUAUUUCAUAAAAUACAACAUACCUCCAAAAAGGUUAUUAGCAAAAUCAAGUUUUUGUGAAUCCUCAGUAUGUCUAAGCUACACCGAGUUAAACUUAACCAUAACCUUAGCCUUUGCUGCUUUCAAAUAUGAACUUACCAAAUUACAAUUAAAGUAGAGAUUCUUAUCACAAGGUGUAAUAUUAGUAAGUCAGAUAAAGUUAGAUGACUUCUCCUUCUAAUAAUUUUGCAAAUACAGUUAGCUAAUUAAAGAUCACCAACAACUAAAACUUAAAUAAUAAUCAAAUAAAAAGAAGCUAAUCCAGUUCUUCGAUUUCUUUUCCAGUGUAAAAAAUAGACAACAACUAUCUUAACAAUUUAAAAAGAAUGUCUUUUAUAACUGCAAACAAUAGUUAAAAUAACACUGUAAUAAACUCUAUUUAUUCUUAGCCAGCUAAUUUUAAAUCUUCAUUUAAUGUAUAAUAUUCAAAUCAUAUUAAGCUUAAAUGA